ACAACAUUCUAUCACUUACCGUGCCGGUGCACCAAUCCCACGCCCGUGCCUAUCUUAGGUAUUCACUGCCACUACCCAAAGGCAGGUACUCCGUACGUAUACCUAGGUACCUUACCCUCCAAGACUUGCGUAGGUAUCCGUACUCGGGUAGCCUUAGCCUGCCUCUUGCGCUUGAGGAUCGCCAGAGAGCAAAAGCAAGAGCGCUGCAGAUACAACCACCUCACACACAAACACCCACACGAAUACCGCAGUACACAACAAAUAACAGCACGCUCAACAUGACCAUCUCAACUCCUGCGCAUGCAGAGAACACCACCGUUACCUGCAACCGCCAUUCCCAUGCGACACCGGGCAUAGGUCCGGGCACUGUCAGAUGAGAAAGAUGGGAUGCUUGAGCUUAAUCCAAAGGCCCAAGACCAAAAGACGCAACACCGCCUCAGAGACAUGUUCAACGCGCAACGUCCAUCCAUCGCGCGUCAGAAAACGUCCAAGGAGGCGGAAACGAAACGUCCAGCUCUCGAAGCCCUCCCCCUCAACGUUCACGCUCCAAAGCCCGCCCGUGCUAGGUUAUCUGACCUCACGCUGCCGAGUCUUCACAGUAGCCGUACGCCUCCUCAGCCUCCCUUGCCAGAGGACCCUUAGGCUCAGUACACGACAGCAUUGUAUGGAUGUACAAGCUACUCAAAGUGCCCAAGUGCUGAAAUUCAGCAGGAGCCAGUUCUUCGGGAUCGAGGCACACUCACGCACACGUACGCACUCACACACAAACCCAUACCUAGCAAGGCUCCAGACUCUUACACGAUGGGACGAAAUGCAGAUUCUUCGGCUCGACCAAUGUCAUCAACUCACCAGCAGAUCCAACAAAGGGACGCAUGUACGUAGUAUACUAGACACUUCCGUACUCUACUGGGCCGUCUGGAUUCACCAGCUGGAGAUUCUACCUAGCUUGUCGAUGCAUCUCUCGGCGGACUGGACGACAGACCGCCACGGCGGUACAACAACAUGCCUCACCAACACUGCCGGCCAAUCACCAUUUGGUUCGCCUCAAUCUUGUCUCUGGAUCUGUCUCUCCCCCUUCUGCAGUGCAGUAAAGUACCCCACCACGGUGGCUUUGCCUUGCUAGUGGUGAGGUAAUGCUACCUGCAUAUCGGAAGGGAUGGCGUCCCCUGUUUUCGACAGGGAAAAAAAUUGCAGGGCCACUUCA